AAAAAUUGAAUGAAGAAAAGUGAGAUGUAAAUGAACAUGCUUAAGUUCAUAAAGCAUAUUUUACUCACUAAAGCAUAUUUUAUUCACAUAAAUAAAGACAACAGUUUGUUUGUUACUCCAACAAGGUUGUUGGAAGAUAUUGAAACAAAACUGGGUAAUUGGACAUUACUAUCAGAAAAUCCCAGCGAUCUUAAAAUAACCAUAUGGUCACUAUUACAUACUUCAGCUUAAGGUGCUUUUGGGAAAUGUAGCUCAUCAGUUGGACACUAUUAACAAGUUGUCCAAAAAAAUAGAAGCGUUUUAUUUGACAUUUGAUAGAGACUUUAGACAAUUACAGAAGCAGUUAAUUAUCAACUCAUGGUCUUUACCUCGCACGUAACUCCCAAGAGCAAAUACGUAUGUACCUCAGGGAGGGAUCAGGGCUCAUAUACAGCAGUUGACAAAUAGGUCUAGUCCAACAUUUUUCAGCUUUCUCGAGGUAAGAUCCAUCUAUUUAAUGCAUAUUUUGCUUAAUUUGUUGAAAGAGAUGAGACUUAAUUCUGAUUAAGUUUAGCAUCCAGACCAAAGUGGUUCUGGGAAGCUAAGAAUAAUAAUUUACAAGAGGUAGGCUACUAAUUUAGCUCUUUUCUCUUAAAAAGAAUAUAGACCACGCAUAAGAAAUGUCGGCAGGAAACAACAGUUCUUAUUGGGCUUGGAACUGCACCUACCCCAGUGAUUUGGCCCUUCCGUUGGUUCCCUACAUGGACUGUCCCUCCAACCGAAUGUACGCCUCCAACUUCAUACCUCUUGUCUUUUACAUACUUUCCAUCCUUGGAACAAUUGGAAACCUCUGGAGCCUGUGGGCUUGCCUGCGUCCAUCCCAACCUUGGAGUAUCGGGUCCAUAGGUGUACUGAACCUGGCUCUAUGUGACCUUGCUUAUCUGGCGUCUAUGGGACCCUGGGCUGUCUACAUUAGCUCCGACUACCACUGGAAAAUUGGCCAUUCGCUCUGCGUGGUGGUGAAAAUCCUGUACUUCGGCGGGUUGACGUCUAGUACCAUGUUCAUCUGCGCCAUCAGCACUGACCGCUUCCUUGCAAUCGUCUUCCCUUUGGAGUCCCGGAUGAUCCGGACCCCUCGGAACAGCGCACUGGUUUCGGUUCUACUCUGGGCCAUCACCGGCCUCUUCAUCUACUUCAGUUAUCCUAACAUUCUCUACUGGGUCAGGAAGGAUGGCAUCCAUGUGUGUGGAGCAGUGGUGAUCUCCAGGUUCAGGACCACUGAAGCAACCUACAAUCUUCUGUCCUAUUACUCCAUUCAGGUUUCUGUCCCAUUGCUCCUCAUCAUUCCCUCCUAUGUGAAGAUCAUUUCCCGGAUGAAGCAGUCACGGCAACAGUGGGGCCCAGGCAACAUGCAAGGCCUGGACAAGACCAUCUGGCUGAUUGCUGUUUUCAUUGCAAACUUCCUGGUUUGUUGGGUGCCAGGGCAGCUGCUUCACAUCAUCGCCUGUAUCAUUUUCUUCAGUUUGGAUCACUGCAAAAACGCUUGCUGGGUUGCAUGGGUGGUCAACCUGCUCUCUGAAGCCUCCCAGAUACUGUACUGUCUCAAUGCAUGUCUUGAUCCUUUAAUUUUCCACAUGCAGCAAGGACACUGUGAACUGGUUGUGUUGGCAAACUGGGUUAGAAAGGUCUUACAGGUAGGUAAGAAACGAGAUUCGGAAGGGCCUUCAGAGGAACCUCCCAGUGUGAUCCAACUUCAUGGUGGUUCCAAAGACAGAAUGUGCAAAACUCAAAAUAAUAAAAACAUGAAAAAAUGAAAUUUUAAAAGACCUCCCACACUUGUCUAGUUGCACAAUGGCGAGUUGAUGUAUCUAAUAUUUUAAUAUUCUUGUGCUUGUGUUUUCAUGCUUUGUGUAUGUAUAAUUUCCUAUAUUGUAACCAUUGAUGUAAGAUUUUACUGAUAUAGUUGUUUGUUAUAGAUAAAAGGUGCAUCUUGUAUCUGUGUAUGUCUGACUCCCUGUUUCAAAUGUCAAAUGAGUUCUAUCUAAAUUUCAAUUGCUCUAAUGCUUGCUGAAUGAAAACAAAGACAUAGUAAUCCU